AUGAUUUGGAACAAGGCAAAGUUUUUGGGAGGGACUGAGUUGGAUGGUGAUGAUGAUGAUGACAACAGGCUGGAUGUUGACCACGUCACAGAAGCACUUCAAAGUCCAUCUUGGUUGGCGUAUGGACAAAUGAUACUUCAUCUGCAUGAAAUUGCAAACUUCAUUUCUGGAUGGGGUUCGGGCUGCAAGUGUCACGAGUGGUUGAGGCCACACAAAGGGUCAUCAACUAGCGUUUGGGACGAGACUUUGCAAGAUGUGAUUCAAUCGCUUCAACUUCCAACCGACUCAGAUGGUAUGCGUUACCAAUGUCCAUUGGCUGGAAAGCGUGCGCCUGAGCUUGCAAGCGGUGUAUUGGUGAAAGCCCUCAACGACAAAAUCCAAGAGGUCUAUCCAAAGGUGCUUGUGGAAUCUUCAGCUGUGGGUGGAACAGAGCAGGAACAUUUUCUUAAUGAUUUCAACCUGGGCACGGGCUACAUCAAGCUUGUUGUUGAGUUGAAGUUGGGUCACUGGCAAGAUUUUCCUUGGGUGCUUUGCAAGCUGGGUUUGCCGGGAGAUGAUGAGCGCAAGCGCGAUUUGCGACAGCUGGCUUCUGCAGUGGCACGCCUUUACUUUGUUCCUGUGGUUGAAAGAAUCGUUGAAGGUGACCAUUCAAUUGCGCACAGGCAUGGAGGCUACAGGAAGGUGUCAGCAGCUUAUGUCAGUUGCAGCCAAAGACUACCCGAGAUAGACAUCAUCAUGAGCAGUCCUGAUGACAAGGCGAAGCCCCUGGCGGCUUUUGAGCACACCAGGAAGUUGCGCAAGUGCUCAAAGUUGUUCAAGUUUACGAAGCAUCCACAGUGGCAUGACAUCACUUGUAAACCCAAAAAGCAGCAGGCGGGUCUUGAGAAAUUGGCAGCGCGUAUCCUUUACUCUGCAGAUGUUUCCACCCAGUACUUCAAUUUGGGGCCCGUGCGAGCGCGGCAUGAUGCUGAAAAGCGGGCCAGGAGAAAGGUGGAGGACGCUUUGGUGAACCGGAAGGUGAAGAUCUCGCGUGAAGCUGUGCUGAACUCUGCUCUU